AUGUCUUCAGUCAGAAGACUCAGCAAUGCUGUCAACUCUAUGAGAGCUGUCAGCGUCACUGAGAAGGAUAUCAAGGCAGAUGUCGAUCUCAUCGAGUCCGCCUCCAAUGACUCAGGUCUUGGAUUUGAUGCAAGGCAGGAGAGGGCUCUCAUCAGCAAGAUCGAUCGAAAGCUCCUUCCACUUCUGACAAUCCUUUAUCUUUUGUCCUUCCUCGACCGGACCAACAUCGGCAAUGCCCGUCUAUUCGGCCUCGAGAAGGAUCUCGGCAUGAAAGGUCUUGACUACAACGUCGCACUCGCCAUUUUCUACCCAACUUACAUUCUUAUUGAGAUCCCUAGCAACAUGAUGUUGAAGAAAUGGACACCAUCAAAAUGGAUCGCAACAAUUAUGUUCGCCUGGGCUAUAGUCACAACACUCAUGGGUAUAGUGAAGAACUACCACGGUCUUUUGGCCGCGCGAAUCUUCCUCGGCCUUGCGGAAGGAGGGCUCUUUCCUGGUGUUGCGUUCUUGAUCACGACUUGGUACCGCAGACACGAGUGUGGCUUUCGCAUUGCUAUCUUCUUCUCAGCCGCAACUGCAGCAGGCGCUUUCGGCGGUCUGAUUGCGAGAGGUGUCAAUGAAAUGAACGGCGUUGGCGGACUUGCAGGCUGGAGAUGGCUGUUUAUCCUUGAGGGUAUUCUCACCUUCAUCUUUGCCAUCGUCGCCUGGUUCUUCCUACACGAUUACCCGGAUACCGCCAAGUUCCUGUCAAGCGCGGAGAAGGCUGAGGUCAAGAGGAGACUCACGCUUGACUCGUCUGGAUUGGCCACCGAAUUCAACCUCAAAUACGCCUACGACGCUCUUAAGGAUUGGAAAGUUUGGGUACAUAUGUGUAUCACCAUCGGUGUUUACACUUGCGUCUACUCAGUCGCCCUUUUCCUACCAACCAUUGUCAGAACUCUUGGCUACACCAACGCCCACGCUCAACUCAUGACCGUUCCACCCUACGUUGUUGCCUGUGUAUGCUGUAUCUUCACAGGUUGGGCCGGUGACAAGACUCAACAAAGAGGUCUCUUCAUGAUGGGCGGCAUGCUGCUUGCUAUUGUCGGUCUUCUGCUCAUGCUUUUCGCCGACGCCAAGCACGCUCAGCAAAAGUACGCCGGUGUGUUCCUCUUCUCCAUGGGUGUCUAUCCCAAUGUCGCUCAAGGUGCUGCUUGGCAAGGAAACAACAAUGGCGGUACUUUGAAGAGAGGUGUUGCUAUGGCUAUGCACGUUGGUUUCGGUAAUGCAGGUGGUAUGAUCGCCUCAUUCGUCUUCUUGCCAAAGGACAGCCCCAGAUUCCAGACUGGAUUGUCGAUUCUCAUUGGUCUUCAAGCCAUGAGCUUCGUCCUCAGUGGAAUUAUGACUACUUACUACAGACGAGAGAACGCACGAAGGAACGCAAAUUACAAGGCACCAGAACUAUAUACUGUUGCUGAGAAGGAUCUCGAGAGAGAGAAGGGCGAUUAUGCUACCUUCUUCAGAUUCACUGUAUAG